CUCUUCCUCUCCACCGACGCCCAGGAGGUGGCCACAUUCACGGUGCAGUACCGGGUGUUUGAAGAAGUGCCGCCGGGAACGGUGAUAGGGACGCUGGCCGAGCACUUCGAGGGGGGUGAGAGCGGCGAAACAGCGGAUACCUUCCAGCUGAUGGAGACCCCCAGGAGGUUCCCGCUGCAUGUGGGGAGCGGGGAUGGGGCGCUCAGCACGGCCGGGCGGGUGGACAGGGAGCAGCUGUGCCGGCACAGCGAUCCCUGCUGGGUCUCGUUCGAUGUGCUGGCUGUCCGAAACCUGGCUCUGAUUCACGUGGAGGUUCAAGUGCUGGACAUCAAUGACAACGUGCCGCGGUUCCCCACGCCCGAGCUGGAGCUGGAGAUGUCGGAGAGCGCAUCCCUGCAGACACGGAUCCCGCUGGACCGAGCCCUGGAUGCUGACGCCGGCCCCAAUGCCCGCUGCUCCUACGCCCUCUCCCCCAGCGAGCACUUUGCUCUGGAGGUCAUCUCCAGCUCUGAUGGGACAAGGCAUGCAGAGCUUGUUGUGGUUAAAGAAGUGGACCGGGAGCUGCAUUCCUCCUUUGACCUCGUGCUGACGGCCACUGAUCACGGGGAGCCGCCAAAAUCAGGUACUGCGUUAAUUAAAGUCAUCGUCCUUGACUCCAAUGACAACAGCCCCAUCUUUGCAGAGAGCUCUUUGUCGGUAGAGGUUCGGGAGGAUGCUCUGCCUGGGACCCUCCUUGUGACGGUCACGGCCACUGACCCCGACCAGGGCCCCAAUGGGGAGAUCGAGUACAGCCUGAGCAAGCACGCGCCCCCGGAGGUGCUGAGCGCUUUUGGCAUCGAUGCCCGCACAGGCAGCGUCAUCCUGAAGCACCCACUGGACUACGAGGAAACCCAUGCCUAUGAGCUGGACGUGCAAGCCCGGGACCUGGGCGCCAACCCCAUCCCAGCGCACUGCAAGAUCCUGGUCAAAGUCCUGGAUGUCAACGACAACGCUCCCGAUGUCCAUGUCACCUGGGCUGCGCGGGUGCCCGUGCUCUCCGAAGCCCUCCCCAAAGACAGCUUUGUGGCUCUGGUGACGGCCAGUGACCCUGAUUCAGGAAGCAACGGGCAAGUGCACUGCUCCCUCAGUCAAGGGUACGAGCACUUCAGGCUAAAGAGGACCAACAGCCACAGCUACGUGCUGAUGACCAACGCCACGCUGGACAGGGAGCUGCGUGCCGAGUACAACCUGACGUUGGUGGUGCGGGACCAGGGUGACCUGUCCUUGGCUGUGAUGAAGCAUCUCACUAUCUGCAUCAGUGACAUCAACGACAACGCCCCCUCCUUUGAGAAGGUCACCUAUGAGGUUGCUGUUGCUGAGAACAGUGAAGCACCUGCCUUCUUGCUCACUGUCCGUGCCACCGACCCUGACCUGGGUUUCAAUGGGGAAAUCACCUACAGCAUCCCGGACUCCUCUGCUUCGGGUCUGGUCACAAUUGACCCCACCACUGGGGAUAUUUUUGCCCUCCAAGCUUUUGAUUACGAGCAGGUGAGGAGUCUGGAGUUCCUGGUGACCGCAGAGGAUGGUGGUCACCCCAAGUUGGCAUCCAACGUCUCCAUCAGGCUGGUUGUGCUCGACCAGAAUGACAACACACCUGUCAUCACCAUGCCGGCGCUGGUGGGAGGUACAGCCAUGCUUUCCGUCCUGCUUAAUACAGAGACGGGGUGCUUCUGGGUGGUCCCCGGGAACAGGAGCUCCCAAGGGACUGCAGCGGAGACCAAUGCAACACUCAUGUCCUGUGCCGGCACUCCCUUCCUCUUCACCGUUGUGGCCAGGGAUGUGGACUCUGGCAUCAACGGAGCUCUCCGGUAUGACCUGGUGGGUGGGGAUGACGCCGGGCUCUUCAUCCUGGACCCUCUCUUGGGGCAGGUUUUCCUCAAUGCCAGCAACGCCAGCAGCCUUGCCGGCAGAGAGCUGGAGCUGGUGGUCCGGGUGAGCGAUGGGGGUGACAUCCCUCUGCACACCCUGGCCCGGGUCCGCUUAGUUUUCCGGCGUCAUGGGGCGUUCUCCAAAAUAUUGGCCCAGGAUCCGCCUGUUUGCGCCUUAGCCGCUCUGCUGGGUGGGUGCCUUCUCCUUUUGGCUUUAACCCUGUCUUUGCGUAAGAAGGAGAAGAAGGAUGGCAUGGCCUACAACUGCAGGGAGGCAGAGGAUGCCCGCAGGCAGCAGCAGCUCAAGAAGCCCCACAGGCAGAUCCAGAAGACGGAUAUCCACCUCGUCCCGCU